AUGGUUGCGCAUUCCUCCGAAGGGUUAACCGCCACGACAGCUGAUCCAAUUGUCAACGGCGGAAAUGUGAGAGUUUCGAAAGAGCAAGAAGCCGAGAAGCCACAGAAAGUCGUUCUUCCAACUGUCGAUGAUUUUCGCCGUGCUAUCCCGAAGCACUGCUUCGAGAGAAACUUGGUUACUUCUCUUCGCUAUCUCGCUCAAGAUUUUGCCGCGCUCGGACUUCUUUACAUGCUUCUUCCUGCCUUUGAGUAUUUCGGAGCCGUUGGAUACUUGGUCUGGAAUUGUCUGAUGGGUGUGUUCGGAUUCGCGCUUUUUGUUGUGGGACACGAUUGUCUCCAUGGAUCGUUCUCAGACAAUCAAACGUUGAACGACAUCAUUGGUCACAUUGCAUUUGCUCCACUUUUCUCGCCAUAUUUCCCAUGGCAAAAGUCACACAAACUUCACCAUACCUUUACCAAUCACAUUGACAAAGAUCACGGGCAUUUCUGGGUGCAAGACAAAGACUUCACAACUUGGCCAAUGUGGAAAAAGAUGUUCAAUCCAUUUCCAUUAUCUGGAUGGAUUAAAUGGUUCCCAGUUUACACAUUGUUUGGAUAUUGCGACGGAUCCCACUUUUGGCCUUUCUCGAGUCUGUUCGAGCGCGAUUCGGAAAGAAUUCAAUGUGUCGUGUCUGGAAUCACCUGUGUUGUCAGCGCCUAUGUAGCCCUUCUUGUAGCCGGAUCGUAUUCGAACUGGUUCUGGUACUAUUGGAUGCCGAUCUCGUUCUUCGGACUUAUGCUCGUCAUCGUCACAUACCUUCAACAUACCGAUGAUGUUGUCGAGAUAUACGAGGCUGACGAGUGGAGCUUUGUUCGCGGGCAAACUCAGACCAUCGACAGAUACUAUGGGUUUGGUCUUGACACCACAAUGCAUCAUAUUACCGAUGGUCACGUCGCUCAUCAUUUCUUCACACGCAUUCCACACUAUCAUCUCAUUGAAGCCACGGAUGGAAUUCGAAAGGUUCUUCAACCAUACGCUGGGGGUCAAUAUGGCUACAAAUAUCAAGUCAACUACGAUUUCUUUGUGCGCUUCCUUUGGUACAACAUCAAACUCGACUAUCUUGUCCACAAAACCAAGGGAAUCCUGCAAUUCAGAACGACAGUGGAAAAGAGCCAAUAA